AUGGCACAGAGCGCCGAGCUCCAGCCAAGCUUGGAGGACGUUUUUAAUAUUCUCUCCCAGACCCCCCAAGAUAAACUCCUCACCCUCAAACACAAACUGAAGCACUUGGUAUUUGGGCCCAGCAGCAAAUUACUGCAAGCCAUGGUCCUGCUUACUCUGGGGCAAGAAGCAGAUGCAAGAAUUUGUCUGGAUGCCUUGGGAGAUAACUGGGCAGCCCGGUAUGUCCACCAGACCAAACUGGGGGCUAGAGGAGUGCAGGAAGAUGGGGAGGCUUUGCAGACCCCGCAGGUGGAUGCAGGUGCCCUGGCGCUUCUGGCACAGAUCUACUCGGUGUUGGCUGAGGAAAAACUGUGCAGUGCCGAAGCCAUGGCCAAAGCCUGGCAGGCUGCCGCCAACGCCUGCGACACCAGCAAGGAGACGCAGGGGGACACGCUCAACAGCAUCCCAGCUGAGGAGCAGGAAGAACCUGCCGCUGCUACCAGCGUGGGCCCAGGCGACAGAUUCCAGACGCUGCGAUCCGAUGCGGUUGUAGGAUUUCUCCGGCCGGGCAGCCCAAACUACGUGGUGAGAAGUUCCCCGGUGCAGAUUGGAGGCAGCUCAGACCUUUCGCACCCACAGACCCUGCGCUCCUCGGGGAGCCCCUCUUUCCCCAGCUGCUUUGAGGUCAGCGCAUCCCCAACGGUUGUUUUUCACAGCCAGCCUUCUCCCCGCAAGCGUGUCCCCCAGCCCAGCCGCCUGUGCCAUGGGAGCACCAGCGCUGCUGGCCAGCCUGGCGGGGGCAGAGCGAGCCACGGCCGGCAGGAAGCAAGCUGGGCCAGCAGACCCAACUCUCAUCCCGGGCAGGACACAGGUGCCCAAGUGUCCCAACCAGAGAAGGUUCCACGGGUCGGUUCACGUCACCCCGUUGUCCCUGUUCCUGAAACGCCGCUGCCCACGCUGGGCGCUGGGAACCAGCCUGUGGAGACCAGUGAUGUUUCCAGCACGGUGGCAGCAGAACCUCAGAAAGAAAGCACAGACAAAAAGCAAGAUGACAAGCAAUUAUCUACAGGUGUUCCCAAGUCAGGAGCUACAGCGGGUACUGGUCCUGCCCAUACGUCCGAGGAGGACUCCUAUGUUCCAGCAGGCCCUUCUUCUAACUCUGCAUCUGCUUCCAUGCCAGCCUGUUCCCUGCCUCCUCCUACCUACUCCUUCUCCUCAACCCUUCCUUCUCUUCCCGGAGCUCCUUCCAACUCAUCGUAUCCCUGUGCCCUCCACUCAGGCCCCUCUCCAGCCUGGCCUCCUCCUCUGCCCACAUCAGAGCCAGAUGGAGAAGAGAGAAAGUUCUUCACUUUCGUUAUCCUGCACGCUAACGAAGAUGAGAUUGUUGCCCAUCGGGUCAAGGACCUGCUGGAGAACAUGGGGGUUCCCAACGGUGCCACACUCUGCGAGGACUUCUUCAUUGCUGGCCGCAGCCACCUGACUUGCUUCCAGGACGCUAUGGAAAACUCAGCUUUCAUCAUCCUCCUGCUGACCAAGAACUUCCCAUGCGACCUGUGCACAUUUCAGGCGAACACUGCUCUGAUGGAGUCCAUCCUCAACCCGUCCAAGCACGACUCGGUCAUCCCUUUCGUACCCAAGGAGAACCCCCUGGAGCGGAGUCAGAUUCCCAAGACUCUCGGUGUGCUCAUGCCCUUGGACGAGAACUCUCCCGUGUUCUCCAGGACAGUGCAGAACACCUUCACCACCAGCAGGAUCAAAGAGAGGAAAGCCGCCUGGGACGCGACGCAGAGACGGAAACUAGAGGAACGGAACCAAACGCUGCAGAACUUGGCUGCUCUGAACCUGGGCUCCCUUCCCCCGGUGCCUCCACGGCCACGGCUGCCGGAGCAAUCACCCCAGCAGUGGUGGCCCGGCAGCGUCCCACAGCUUAUCAUUCAACACGCUCGAAUGGUGCAGAUUGGGAACCACAACGUGAUGCAGGUGGAAACCGCCGCGCCAGCUCCCCCGGACAGCGAGGAGGGAGCCAGGUAG